CAAGGAUUGCAGAGAAAAAGCUGUAGCGACUGUGCAGCAAUUGUAUGGAAACCGAGCUUUAACAGCAUUAAAAGUAAAAUGAAACAUGAGCAUAAUAUGUAGUGUGUCACUACAGUAAAUUGUAGUUUAAUAUACAAAAUGUACCUUAAUUGUUUAUUAAUGAAUAUAUUUUUGCAGGUAAUGGCGAUAGAUUGCAAUCAAGCACACAUCAACAACUACCAAGUCAAGACGAGGUUAUUAAAAACUAUCUACUAAGAACUCAACAGCAAUUGUGCUGCAAUGCCAUCCAGUUCACACCAGCAACUUUGAAUACUAGAUACAAAGUAGACAUUGCCCACAUGUUCACUGAUCUGGAUCUACUCAAAGAAAAUGAAAAGAAGCAAGAUGUCAAGCCUACAACUUUGAACGAGGUUUUAAAUAUUAUAAAAUCCACACCUGCAUGUAAAGUUUUAAUAGAAGGUGAGGGUGGUAUUGGCAAAUCAACCCUUCUCCGGUAUAUAGCAUACAAUUGGGCCACAGAAUCAGACAAAACCUUCAAAGGUAAAAUAGUCUUUCUUGUCAAAAUAUCCACUAUUGACAAAAGUGAAACCUUUUUGGAUGGUAUUUUAAAACAAAUAGACAUAGAGGAUUUUUAUCUUGAAACAAAUCUUUCUCAAGAUCCUGUAUUGGUUAAACGAUUUAUUAGGAAUCACGAUAAUGACAUUGUAUUGUUAUUAGAUGGAUUAGAUGAAUUGAAAGAGGGUAGUAAGAGUCCAAUAUGCUUAUUCAAAAAAGAAAAAAUGCUUAAAUGCAAAGUAAUACUUACAACAAGAUCUGAAAAUAUAGAUGAGUUUGUUAAAGAGAGUAGCAUACAUGUGAAAGUGAAGGGAUUCAGUGAAGUUAAUGUAAGAAAUUAUAUUAAGAAACAUUUUGAGUAUUUUAAAGAACCUGCAUUAGGAGACUCACUUUUGGAUGAGUUGGAGCUGAUUUCAGGAUUUAAAUAUAAACAUGUGGACGUCAAAGAAAUGUGUAAAAAUCCAAUGUUGCUUCUAUCAGUAUGUAUUAUGUGGGAAGAAAGGCAACACCUUCCAGCUGAUAAAGCUGAUCUCUUUAAAGAGAUUUUUAGAACCAUCUUGAAUCAGUUCAUUGAAAAACAAGCAGAUAAGGAGCAAAAAAUCUCAGUAUUCAAAAAUAUUCCACAGAAGUAUGUUGAACCGAUGCUGCUGUUAGGGAAGUGUAUGUAUAAUGGCUUAAAACGAAAUCAACUUUCAAUAAACAAAGCAGAAAUGGAAGGAAGAGAAGAAAUGGUUGCCUUAGCUUUAAAACUGGGAUUUGUGUACAAAGAUACACCGAACCUAAAGUCUGAUUUUGAAGAGAUUUUUACAGCUCCUCACAAAUUAAUAGUAGAGUCAUUGGUAGGAUUUUACUUAUGCAAACUAUGUCAGGCAGCAGGAUUGGAGAGUGAGUGCUCAGUAGGCAUGAAAAGGUUACUUCAGCAAUUGGAUGAUAAUGAAUGGAAGAUUAUAAGAGAAAAUACACACUUGCAAAAUGCAAGAGUGUUUGCAAUUGGAUUUCUAGGUACUGGUGCUGGCAUGUUUUUUAAUCACUGGAUAACAAACAAUCCAUCAACAUAUCGCUCUUUAAGGCUACAUUUUAAAUUUGUGAAAAUAGAGCACAGGUGUACUGUAGUAAAGGAACUAUUUGAUGAAAUGACUAAGAAAAAUUUAGAAAUAAUGCCACACAUAAAUGACAUAUGUGAAUCACUAAGAAAAGUUAUCCAUCACUUCAUAUCUGAUGUAAAGGUCAAUCAAAUUGAAAAUUUUCUUCAAAUUAUGCAAAUUUUCAGUACAAGUUCAAAGUUUUCUGGACAAAUUGGUAGAGAUAAUUUCGAGUCUUGGUUGGAAACCUAUUCUGGUAAGGAAAUGUCAUCUGAAGAAAAAUGCAAAAUGAUUGCCCACAUAAUGAUUGCUGUAUCAGAUCAAAGUGAUAUUUUGCAUAUAGCAAGUAAAAUAUGUGGUGAUGAUAUUAAAUGCCUAACAGAAGAAUGUCAAAAACUGAAUUUCAAAUAUGAUAUAACACAAUUUGAAUUGCAUAGCUUAAGUACUGCUUCUUUUAUAAUUCAUUUGUUUAGUUUUGCACCACAACUUUACUCAUUGAACUGCUCCCCAUGUUGUAUUACAGGUGCUAUUAUGAAUGAUGUGAUGAAAGAGUGUUGUAGUAGAAGAAUCAAGUUAGAAUUAAAGGAGCUUUAUAUUAGAGAUAAUAAUCUCGGUGACAUUGAUGGUUCAUUAUUAGCAUCUUUAUUAGUUAUUUCUCCUACUCUGAGUACUCUUGACAUGAGUGGUUGCAGUUUAUCAGGUGUAAUUGUGAAUGAUAUGAUAAGAGAGUGUUGUAGUGCAGGAGUCAAGUUAGAAUUAAAGAAGCUUGAUAUCAGUGGUAAUAAUCUCGGUGACAUUGAUGGUUCAUUAUUAGCAUCUUUAUUAGUUAUUUCUCCUACUCUGAGUACUCUUUACAUGAGUGGUUGCAGUUUAUCAGGUGUAACUGUGAAUGAUAUGAUGAGAGAGUAUUGUAGUGCAGGAGUGAAGUUAAAAUUAAAGAAGCUUGAUAUCAGUGGUAAUAAUCUCGGUGACAUUGAUGGUUCAUUAUUAGCAUCUUUAUUGGUUAUUUAUCCAACUCUGAGUACUCUUGACAUGAGUGGUUGCAGUUUAUCUGGUGUAACUGUGAAUGAUAUGAUAAGAGAGUGUUGUAGUGCAGGAGUGAAGUUAGAACUAAAAGAGCUUGAUAUCAGUGGUAAUAAUCUCAGUGACAUUGAUGGUUCAUUAUUAGCAUCUUUAUUGGUUAUUGCUUCUCCACAGUUUAUUCUUAACAUGAGUGGUUGCAGUUUAUCAGGUGUAAUUGUGAAUGAUAUGAUGAGAGAGUGUUGUAGAGCAGGAGUCAAGUUAGAAUUAUUGAAGCUUGAUAUCACUGGUAAUAAUCUCAGUGACAUUGAUGGUUCAUUGAUUGUAUCAUUUUAUGAAUUGCUUCUGAACUUUUCUAUUUAUCAAUAA